AUGUUCCCGCGGCGCCCGCGCUGCGCCCGCCGCCGCCGCGUCUCCUCUUCCUCCUCCUCCGCCGCCGCCUCUUCCUCUCCGCCCCGGCGUCCCCGCUCGCCUGGGACUUCUUCGCGAAAGGCGACGCUGCCGGUUCGGCGCGCCCUGCUGCUGCUGCUGCUGCCGCUGCCUCCUGCUGCCGCCGCUGCCGCCGCCUCCCCUCCACGUUCGCUCCCUCCAGAGCUGCUGCUGCCGCCGCCGCCGCCGCCUCGCUCUUUCCUGCCGCGCAAAGAGGGAAGGGUGCCAGCUUCGCGGACUCUCCGGCCACCCCGGGACCCCCGACAUCAAAGACUCUGCCCGCCCCCUUGGGGCAGGGACCUGACCAGCGAUUGGAGGAGUCGCGGCGGCGGCGGCGCUACCGACUCGCUCGCGCUCGGCUCGCUCUCGCGCACGGAGCAGGCUCGAGGUUGCGCGGCUGGCUUGCCAGAGGCGGGUCGCGGAAAGCAACCGGCCCUGGAAGCAAGGCGUGCGGUUCUUUAUUCCUGCUUAUAG